AUGGAGAUGCAAACUAAUUGCGACUUGGAACUUCGCCUUCUUCCUCCUGCUUGUGAUUCAACCAGCUCUGAAAACCUACAACCAAAGCAAGAAUCUCAGAAAAUGGUUAUUUUCUACAACGGCAACGUAUAUGUUUCUUCAGAUCUUACCCAUCUCCAGGCAAAAGCUAUACUAUCACUAGCGAGAGGAGACAUGGACAAGAGAUCGUUGUCAUUGGAAAGUUCAGACGGAUCGGAUCCUUCAAUAAUCCCCAACAGUUUGACCCGAAAGGCCUCAAUGAAGAGAUCUCUUCGUAAUUUUCUUCAGAAACGGAAUGUUCGGAUUCAGGCGUCUUGUCCUUACCACCAUUCUUGAUAACUCUAUUCAUUUGUUUUCAGCUUUUUAUCAUUUUAGACAUUAAGUUAGCACACUUUCUUGGUUUAUAUGGAUUGCUUUUCAGUAUUUUUGACGGAUUAUAAAGACUUGAAUAGCUUCAACAGUUUUGAUGUUUCAGUUUGGCCAAUAACUUAAUUAUUAUGUCAAAUUUAAACCACUUAAAACCAGGAAACGCGAAAACUAAUUAUUACAUCGAAUUAUGUCAGCGUAAUUGCUAUCGAUAUUUGAUUACCUGCAGAUAGGACGAAGUUUACCUUUAACUCUUUGAAUUAUCUCAAAUUAAAGUUAUGAUUAUUGGAGGGUAUAAGUGCCGGUGCAAAAGCCAUUUAUCAAAGAGUGAGCCGGAGUUUUUGA